AUGCGGUUCUCACGCCGACUGCCCUUCACUUUGACGAUUUUUACUACAUCAUGGAUCUGGCCUAUAGCAGCAAGCUCGCCAAGCCCUUUGCCGGUGAAUUUAGACGUCGUGCCAUUCCCACCAACUGUUGCUGGCAUCAGUACUGAGUCCUGUGUCUGGUCACGGGACGGCUCUGUCAUUCUCUGUCCUUUUUUCGAAACUCAGAAUCCUACGCAAUCCCAGAUUGGAUACAUUCGUGCCGAUGGCUCGGGAUAUACUUGUCUCACUUGCCAAUUGGAUCCUCAAAAUGGCAUUGAAUAUCUGAAUGCCCUCCCAGACCAAAAGUCCGUCUUCUUUGGAACUACGGUACAAUCAAACGCUUCUGGGGUAGAUGUGCCAGGAGCCAAUAUCGAGCCGCAACUUCUUUAUUGCUCCCCUAGUGUGUUGGACUGCCAAGAAGCCAACAUAUAUCCCAUAGACAUCCCACAGCUCAAUAAUAAUAGUGAUGUCAUCGAGCUCCGCGAGCCUCGCGUUUCUCCAGAUGGCAAUCACUUCCUAGUGAGCAUUGUUAGGAAAGACGGGUUUCUUAUGUUACUCGGCGAUUUAAUACAGACGGUCAACGGAAACAGGCCCGUCGCAUAUACUGUCCAGAAUCUGAGAGUGCUCAAUCCAUCCAACCACACUCCCCCCCAGACGAGCGCCGACUGGGCAAAUCGCAUGGCUUGGUAUGAAGGCAAAGCAUUUUUUAAGGGCAACACGGUACUAUAUGCUAGUACUCGUGCUCAAGGAUUUAAUUUCGAUGACUGGUCGCUCGAUCUCUCUACUGGGGAGUCUACACGAAUCACAAAAUGUCUUGAGUGGGAUGAAGAUAUUGCUCUGGAUCCUUCCGGAAAAUACUAUCUGUUUGGAUCCGCAAGGCAGUUCCACAAUCAGCUUCGUUCACUUAGCGCCAUGGAUUUACCCCCUUUUCUUGAUUACACCCUCACUGGUCUCUCAGGUGAUUCAGUCCUUGGUGCUCCUCUUGGACGUCUUCAUCUUCUCGAAAAAUGGCUCUUGCCUGCUGAUGAAUAUGAUAAUGAUAACUGUGACGCGGGGCAAAUGCUUAAUAACAAGACCGGCGGUUGGACUGCAGGGGCUGCCAAAUUUCCCUGGCACCCCAACGGCACAAUGGCCACUUGGGGAGAGCGUGGGCCUGGCAAUUCUACGAGACUUAUAACUGCUCGGUUUCCAACCCUAUCUGCAAUAGAUCCGCCAUACUGCGAGAACCCUGAACAGGACAGCCUAUGCCAGACAAUCACCCCAACAUGGGCUCCUUUAUUAGAAGACUAUCCUCUUCUACAAGACGGCGUUUAUAUAAUAGAGUCAGCAGUAGAGGGUGGUGGUAGAGCGUUGCUUACAACAUCUGGAGUUCAUGGGCUGCUAAACGAAGUCACUUAUGACAAUUUUACAACAGAAUCAGGAGUCAUCAUCAAAGGACAAGGAACACAGACAAUUGACAUUACAAGUCUAAGCGUGAAGGCUUCUGUUAACGUUCGUCUAUCUGGAUCUUCAAAUGGAGAAGGAUCAUAUAGCAUCAGUGCAAAGAAGCAAUCGACAUCUUCUUCGCUUGCAAUCUGUGGCAUUGCAAACAGUACUGUUGACGGCACGAUUCGUAUCACUCAUCAAGGAGAGUGGAAUCCGGCAUGUGGGUUUGUGAUGCCUGGUGCCUGUCCAAACGGCGCUGAUGCUGAUGCUACUCCGCGUGGUCAGGGAGGCAAUUUCUCCCUUCCUGGAGCCCGCUCUUUUAUCUUCGGCCUGUUUGUGCACAUGAAAAAGCACAAGACGCUUUAUCAUGAUCGGCAGAGCUCUCUGGUUUUCGAACUUUAUGGCUAUGGUUAA